AUGUCGGCUUUUCUUUCAUCCCAAGACCCGAGCUCUCCAAACAUGGUUGUGUUGUUUACGAGGAGUGAGUGCUGCAGCAUGCUCUUUUUAGCAGCUCUUGAAUGGGCAGAAUCAAGAUGCAGAAAGACAUACUACAUAAGAAGAAACAGAUUUGAGAGGUACACUUACUUACUUAGAUACUUAGAUGGCCCGUCUUCACUGGACGUGCGGGCCCCAGCAUCUCUUCCACUCGCUUCGUUCUCUCGCCAUUGUCAUCUUUUAGCAUCUCUUGUGAUCCAUUCUAGCGUUCUUUUAGUCCAUCUAUCGUCGAUUCUUCUCAUAAUGUGA